AUGUCGUACGACACAAACCUGCAUCGCACCUUCGACUACCAGCUCUCCCCUGCGCCGCUGCGCAUCAUCGACUGGGCCCCGGUUAAGUCGAUCGCUCGGUCAGUGCUUCAGCCGGGUCGGGGUGCCAAGGCGUUCACGCUCGUCAGUGACGCCACAUCGAACGCGCCCUCCGUGGCGGCAACGUACGUGCAGCAGGAGAAUCAGCAGCGCGUGCAUGGAAACUGCGGGCCCUCGGCCACAGUCGCGGCUACAGCCGAUUCGGCAGCGCCUGGGGUGCCGCUCUCUGUCAUAGGGGAGUCAGCUGCGUCCGAGUUCCCAAGUCUCUCCGUGGCGUCGCCGUAUGACACCCCCGGAAUGAACAGCGGCGCAGCAGCCGCGGCUGGAGGAGGUGGCGGUAGCCAUACGGAGCUCUACACUCUCCAAGUAGAGGAUGCCCUGGUACAACAGCAGCAGCGACAGCAGUUGGAUACGUGGGCAGCCACACCCGGUGAACUGGCCGGAGGGGCGACCAUUGGCAACGCCGCGGCAACACCAGCGGUACUGAAGCACACGCUAGCCCCCUCGGCUGAGACAACGAGCGGUAUGGCAGUUCCUGCAACAGCCGUAUUGGCAAGCAGCUGCUGCAAUAGCGCGCAACGUACUGGUACCUCCACGCCUGCGACCAUCAUGGACAGUGCACAGCGGUUACGCGCGUCGCCAUCGUCUUCGGUGGCGCCCUCGCUGCUGGCGAAGGGUGUGUCACACUACAGCGCCGCGGGCAUGAUGUACGGCUUUGACUCGGUGUAUCACAAGGACUCCUUUGGCGUUAUGACGGGCCUUGUCACCGGUGCUGGAUAUCACCAGGUGAACACGUGUUAUCGGCAAGAGCAGUCGUCACCACCGCGGCGUACAGAGAAGGCAAAGGGCGAGCAUGGGUGUUGGACUGGGGUAGCAGCAACAACAGCGGGGACUUCACAGACUUUGGCUACGGUGGCUUCUCCGACACUGCAGUCUGGAUCGAUGCCGAACUCUACUGCGAAUCGAAGCUCCUCGGAGCAGGGGCCUAGCGGUGCCGUGGACACCGUGGUGGGGACCAGCGCAGUGGAGCUGCAGGCAGCAGAGGCCACUGUGCCGCCUUCACCGCCCACCCACAAGUCGUGGCUGGGGCCGGUGAUAGCCUCUCAACGUCACGGCCACCUGCAGAUCUACAACGCGCUUCAGCUGUUCUGGUACUGGGGGGCGCGACGGUGGACCGGUGUGCUGAACGUGCGUGUAACCCCGCUACCGGCCACUGAUGCACUACUGCCCGUCUGCGAGUACGUGGCACGCACAGUGAUGACGGAGUGCUCGAUUGUAAUCGACGACCCCAUCAUGUACAUGCACGGCUUUGUCGUGAUGCUCGGGCGGCGCACACGGACUGCGGAGGAGCUGGGCAGCGGCCACAGCACCGGUGACUCUGCCUCGAGAGUCGUGGUGCAGAACUGCAAUGGGCUCUACCAGUCAGAGCCUUCUCAGGAUCAGGUAGGGUCAAGGCACCCCCUCGUAGCAGCAGCAGCAGCGUCUCUCACGAGCGGGGCCGCCGACACGGCCACCACAGGUACUCGACACCAUCCAGCGGAAGGAAUUGGUCACUUCUCCACGUCACCCGCGUCAGAGGAACACAGGGACGCUGAAGAUCAGAGGGUCGGUAUGUUCAUUGGGGGCACCUCGGCCGAGUCACCAGGCAGCGCAGGCGUAGCCAGCAGUCCGCCCUCCCCUAAAGAGACCCCAUCGCCGCCGCACAUGCACUCACCUUCGAUGCCUUCGGCACGGCACCGACUCAGUAAUCCUCCCACUGAUCGCACGCCCACUGACUCGGAUCACGAGCACAGUGCAGCGCACUGUAACGCCGCCGUACCACCAGGCACCGCCACCAACAACACAGGCGUGGUGCCGAUGCCCGAGUGGCUCUACUGGUACCAGCGGUGCAUGCUAGAGACGACAGAUGAGUGGCUCUGGAACCGCGCUGCGUCUGAGGUGGCCGAUGAGGCCUCGCGCUCCGCUACACCGUGGUGGAAACCGCGUCACAUCAAAAUGGGCGUUGGGCUCGCGCUUCGCUACCGCAAGCCUCGCGGGGUGAAUGUGUAUUGGGGUUGGAGUGCACGAGUGGGACGCGGCCUGCACUUCUCUGGUCACAUCGAUGUUCUGCGCCGCAUGAGCUGUGCAGUCAGCUCCACAUUCGGGUUCCUUGACGUGAGUGUGCGGCUCCGCGUGAACCUUGUCACACUUCACCAGACGGCCUUGGAUGCGGGUGUGUGUUGGCGACCCAUGCCGCAGGUGCCGGAGUUUGCCGUUCGGCUGGCGACAUCGGCCAACGGCACGACCCUUGGGGUAGAGAUGGCGGACGUGGCACCCAAGCUCUACGGCCCUGUGAUAGGGCGGCUGUCAGAUUGGCGCUCGCGGCGCCACCACGCAGCGACAGCUGAGCCACAUGCUGCGGGUAUAGAGAAGGGCGGGGAAGCGUGCGUGGUCGUCGCAAUACCCGAUGUCGCUGAACUCCCUGCCAACUCUGACCAGAGCAGCGUCUGCGGAGGCGCUCCUCCUGGAGUGGCAGACAGCAGUCGGGAAGAUCUAGUAGGGCUUCUGCCCAUCACCUGGCACUACUUGAAGGGCACCGGAUCAACCAUCACUUCCGCCUUCUCAACUGUCAAGGCUGCCGUCAUGAACACGCUGGCAGCCGUGCCAUCCGCAAGCAGCAGCACUGGUAGUAGUGGCAUUGGCGGCAAUGGGGCGAACACUUCUACAGCACAAGGUAAUGUGCCCGAUAUGCGGCGUCCACCUGUGCCGCUCUCCGCGACCCCUAUGUUCAGCACUCCUGCAACGCCGUCAACACUACCAGUGAAAGAAAAGCUCUCCCGCAUCGCGCUCCCGGCUGGACAGGCAAGUCUGCGCUAUGCCCGAAACGCCUGGCACGCGCUGGUGGACCUUGGAUGGCUGGAGAAGAUGUUAUCCACAUCUCACGUGAACGUGUCGAUAGGCGUGACGUCGGAACCGAGCGACCGACACCGUGAGUGGGGUCUGUUCUUCAUCAUCAGCGAAAAGUGA